GUCCCGGGCGCUCUGUGAAAAACCAAAGAGCUGAGAGAAACUCACCAAAGAUUCUAGCUUUUCUGCUCGUUUUAAGGACACAUUGAUGCCAUAGAAGUUACAUUGUUUCCCUUCCACUACAACUAGGAAGCCGAAAUCCGAGAGAUUGUCCACUCCAAGCCUGGACAAUGGACUGCCUUAAACUGCUCCUUCUCCUGAGCCUAGUCUUCGCACAUAUUUACUGCGAUGAAGACCCGUCACCGACACUAGAAAAGGACUCGUGGAACAUUGACAGCGAGAACUGGCAGGAUGAUUUACCAGAAGACAAUAAAAUCAUGCAACAGUUUGCUCGCCUGGUAAAAAGAGCGAAAUUUGAUAAGUUCUACGGUUUAAUGGGGAAACGUGCUUCGGGUCCAACACAAGCAGGUAUCGUUGGCCGUAAAAGACAAAAGGGAGAGAUGUUUGUUGGCCUUAUGGGACGACGGUCUUCAAGUGCUGAGGCACCUCCAGAAUGGGAAAGAAUUCAGUACUAUGGACGAAGGCGCAAAUAAGUAGUACAAGUGUAAAACCAUCUGAAUGUUCUCUGCACCGUUCCAUCAGGAAUGGGAUUUUUGGCUAAAUUACCUGUAACUCAAUUUGUGCUUAGUUUACCAACCAUAAACACUGACGUAAAACCUCCACUUCAAACAAAUCUUAAAUAAUUUGUCAAAGCUGUUCAGUAUUUUAACCUGUUCCUGUGAAACUUUCAGCAAGAAUUCACAAUGACAUAAAAAAUCUAAAUCAAAGUGACUACCAAUAGCAUAAUCUAUAAUGCCUCAUCAUACAUUGGUAUGAUGUUCAUGUAAAAAUAGAAUUGGAUAAUUUAUUUUUGAAAUUUGCUUGCAUUUUAAAAUAUUGCAAAGUUAUAGUUGUGUACUGCAAUGAAUUGAAGCUCUAUGGUAUAAGUGUACUAUUAAUUUCAUUCAUUUGGUUUAUCUACAUUUAGUUAAACUUGUUAAAAUAGGAAUUUGGUUAAAUGCUACAUGGUUAAAAACACUGACAAUAUUUGUACAGUUAUCCAUAGUUCUCUGCAGAUACUAACAGUCACAAGAUUGAAAAUUCAUUGCACAAACAUAAAAUGUUUUUAAAAAUGUAUUAUUUUAAAACUUAUCAAAUAGAAGUAUAUGAAGCAUCGAUCUUAUCAUUUACAAGAUCCAAUUUCAUUCAAUUGGCUUUUAUGUAAAGCAAAGAUACAUUGGUUCGUUUUUCAUGUCAAGUUUUAUGGUACAUUACCUCCUGAUUUUUUUCAAACUGCAGGAAAGGGAAGCAAUCAUCCACAUUAUUAAAAACUAUUUCUUUCUGUGUCUGAUUUCAAUUGAUGAUUAAUUAUGUCUGUUCUAACGGACCAAUAA